AUGACCGAUCCCUUAAGCCGGGCCGAAUCACAGUCACCGAGCAGCCGCUUCUCGGACACAGAAAAGCCUAGUGACCGCCAGGACAGCGGAGACCACAUCGUACCCCCCUGGCAUGGAGGUGCAGAGGACGAGGCCGGGUCUUUGCGCUCCAACGGGAAGCGGGAGUUGAAGGAGAAAGAUUGCUACGACAAGCUAGCCUAUUGCUGGCCCCGAUGGAAGAAAUGGAUGUACCUCGCGGCCAUUGCCUGUGUGCAGGUCUCCAUGAAUUUCAACACCUCUGUAUUCCCCAAUGCAGUCAAGCCUCUAUCCAAGGCCUUUGGAAUUGGUGAACAGGAGGCACGGACCGGACAGAUGAUCUAUUUGAUCACUUACUCCGUGGGAUGUGAGCUGUGGGCGCCGUGGAGUGAGGAGUUUGGCCGGUGGCCCAUCCUGCAGCUCUCCAUGUUUCUCAUCAACAUUUGGCAAAUUCCGGCUGCAUUGGCUCCAAAUUGGGGAACCAUUCUGGUUGCUCGCGGAUUGGGUGGAAUCUCCACUGCGGGAGGCAGUGUCACUCUUGGUCUCAUCGCAGAUCUCUACGAAGCCGAAACACAGCAGUUUCCUCUUGCUUUCAUUGUCCUGUCAUCCUGCAUCGGAACGAGUAUUGGUGGAGUCAUUGGUGGACCGAUCGAGCGCUUCCUGGACUGGCAGUGGUUCUUCUGGAUCCAACUCAUCUUCGGUGCUGUCACGCAAGCUAUCAUCUUCUUCAUGCCGGAAAGUCGUUCCACCAUUCUCAUCGACCGGGAGGCCAGGCGCCGCCGCAAGUCCGGAGAAGACCCUAACAUCUACGGUCCCAAUGAACUAAAAAAGCCCCGGGUGUCCAUGAAGGAGGCCGGUGAGAUCUGGAUACGCCCGUUCUACAUGUUCCUCCGCGAGCCCAUCGUUCUCUGCCUGUCACUGCUUUCUGGGUUUUCCGAUGCACUCAUCUUCACCUUUCUGGAGGGAUUCUCGAUCGUCUACUCAGAAGGCUGGGGCUUCGGCGUGCUAGGCCAAGCCUGGGCGGUCAUCCCGAUCAACGUCGCCUACGUAAUUGCCUACUUCUCGUACUUUCCCUGGUUCUGGCGUGACGAGCACAUCCGCAAGACGCAAGGCGAAGACUCCCUACCCCCCGAGCGGCGGCUCAAGUGGCUGUUGUACCUGGCGCUGCUGGAACCGAUCGGCCUGUUCGGGUUUGCCUGGACCUCACUGGGCAAGGAGUACGGGGUGCCGUGGAUCGUCUCUAUGAUUUUCUCGGCCAUGGUCGGCAUCGCCAACUACGCCAUCUACCUGUCGUCUGUCGACUACAUGGUCGCCGCUUACGGUGUCUACUCCGCCUCGGCCACCGGUGGCAACGCCUUCUGCCGUGACCUGCUGGCCGGUAUCGCCGCCAUGUACACCACCCCUAUGUACACCAACAUCGGCGACAAGUUUCACGUCGAGUACGCAACCACCAUUCUGGCCUGUCUGUCGUGCUUGAUCGUCAUCCCCAUCUAUGUCUUCUACUGGAAGGGUCCGCAGAUUCGUGAGCGCAGCAAGUUCGCCCAGACGCUGGCCGCGGACAACAAGGCGAACGAUGGCCACCGUGUGAGCAAGGCCUCCAGUUACUACGCCGGCGCAUACGGAGCAUAG